AUGUGUAGGCGGGAUAGAGGGCAAGUCUGGUGGUAUGGCUCCUGGGAAUGUCUUCCUGGGGGCUGUCGCUGUCCAAGUAAAUGGAUGCUACCUGUCUCUGAGAACCACAGGUCCACUUUCCGUGGUUUCAGUUACCUGUGGUCAGCUGCGGUCCAGAAGCAGGUGAUCCUCCUGGUAUAUCUACGGAAGGUCAGUAGUCGCCAAACGCUACACCACAGCACCUGCGUCAUUCCCCUCACUUCAUCUCCUCACAUGGGCACUUUAUCACCUCACAGCAUCACAAGAAGAGGGAAUGGAAGACAAGUACCAAAUGACUCGCACAUCUCUCACGCCUUCUGGAAACUCAUGCCUGGAAGAUGCAGCCACUCAUUCCUACGCUGUGCGGCGACCUUUAAGAGGGCGACGGCAACCUGCCAGCCUUCUGCUGAUUACUUGACUGCCGGGCAGGUGCUCUGGGCCAAGGCGGCUGGUCUCACUGCCCAGUGGGGGAGACAUACAAGGAAUUUACAUAAGACAGCUGUGCAAAAUGGAGCUGGAGGAGCCUUAUUUGUGCACAGAGAUACUCCUGAGAAUAACCCAGAUACUCCAUUUGAUUUCACACCAGAAAACUUUAAGAGGAUAGAGGCAAUUGUAAAAAACUAUCCAGAAGGACAUAAAGCAGCAGCUGUGCUUCCAGUCCUGGAUUUAGCCCAAAGACAGAAUGGAUGGCUGUCCAUCUCUGCUAUGAACAAGGUUGCAGAAGUUUUACAAGUACCUCCAAUGAGAGUAUAUGAAGUAGCAACUUUUUAUACAAUGUAUAAUCGAAAGCCAGUUGGAAAGUAUCACAUUCAGGUCUGCACUACUACACCUUGCAUGCUUCGAAACUCUGACAGCAUACUGGAGGCCAUUCAGAAAAAGCUUGGAAUAGAGGUUGGGGAGACUACACCUGAUAAACUUUUCACUCUUAUAGAGGUGGAAUGUUUAGGGGCCUGUGUAAAUGCACCAAUGGUUCAAAUAAAUGACAACUACUAUGAGGAUCUGACACCUAAGGAUAUCAAAGAAAUUAUUGAUGAGCUCAAAGCUGGCAAAAUUCCAAAACCUGGGCCAAGGAGUGGACGCUUCUCUUGUGAGCCAGCUGGAGGUCUUACCUCUUUGACUGAACCACCCAAAGGACCUGGCUUUGGUGUCCAAGCAGGACUUUAAUUUAUAUUCAACUGUGAAUAUUGUCACUGGAGAAAUAAAAAUGAAUCUCCUAUCUACAUAAA